UAGUCUUGACAAGAUGGCGUAUGCGGUUGUUUUGCCGCAGGGACACUGAACAAAUUAUACAAUUUCUCGUGUAAAUUCGUUGACGUUGCGGUAGCGUAACUGUUAAAAAAGUGUUUUGUUAGGCGCGCGAAGCCAGAGGAUAUCUAACAUGAAAGGGAAAGAGCGGUCGCCGGUGAAAAAGCGUUCAAGGGCCUUGGAUGAUAUACGAGACAGGGGAGGAAGCCACCCGACCAGUAAGAAAAUGGGGGUUAUCUCGAUUUCUGGCGGUGGAAGCAACAACGGCAAUAGUUCGUCGAAAAGCGAAGGGGGUUCUGCACGACGGGGACUCAUCGGAGAUAAAAGAGACGGACGAGAUUUUGACGGACAUGUCUCCAGUCGGACUGGAAAUAACCACGGCUACACUAGCCCUGUUGCGAGCUCCAGCGGCAAGAAUCACGCCUCGAGCCUGUCCUUAGAGGCGGCCGCGCGCACCAACUCGCGAGGAGAGUCGCGCGCCCCGCUUCCCACAAACGAAAGUGAGUACAAAACUUUAAAAAUCAGCGAGCUCGGCUCGCAGCUGAGCGACGAGGAAAUCGAGGACGGCCUUUUUCACGAAUUCAAAAAAUUCGGCGAUGUGAGUGUUAAAAUCAGCCGAGUCAACGACGAGAGAAUCGCAUUCGUCAACUUUAGGAGACCGGAUGAUGCCCGAGCGGCAAAGCACGCCAGAGGACGGCUGGUGCUCUACGACCGUCCUUUGAAAAUUGAGGCGGUCUACUUGAAUAGGAGGCGAAGUCGAUCUCCUGUAGAUAAGGACCAUUUCUCUGUCGUUGCAGGCCAUAGACAUUUGCACACCCAGAGGCCGCUUUCGCCAACCGGUCUGGGUUACAGAGACUACCGGUUACAGCAGCUAGCGCUGGGUCGGCUUCCUCCUCCCCCACCCCCGCCUUUACCGAGGGAGCUUGAAAGAGAAAGAGAAUUCGCCUUUUAUGAAGCCAGGGCGCGGCCCGCGUACAUCGCGGAGCGGGCUGCUCCUUUCCGCGAGGAGGACUUUAUCUCCCCAGAGGACGACCAGAGAGCCAACCGCACACUAUUUCUGGGUAAUUUGGAUAUUACUGUGACUGAAAAUGACUUGAGGAGAGCUUUUGAACGAUUUGGGACCAUCACAGAGGUGGACAUUAAAAGACCCACACGUGGACAAAGCAGCACCUAUGGCUUUCUUAAAUUUGAAAACUUGGACAUGGCCCAUAGAGCAAAAAUUAGCAUGUCUGGGAAAGUUGUGGGCCGAAACCCCAUUAAAAUCGGCUAUGGCAAAGCCACCCCCACCACACGCCUCUGGGUGGGCGGUCUUGGACCUUGGGUGCCCCUGACUGCGUUAGCCAGGGAGUUUGACCGCUUCGGCACUAUCAGGACUAUAGACUACAGAAAAGGCGACACCUGGGCUUACAUUCAGUAUGAAAGCCUGGAUGCCGCUCAGGCGGCCUGCACACACAUGCGUGGAUUUCCUCUCGGCGGUCCUGACAGGAGGCUGAGGGUGGACUUUGCUGACACUGAGCAUCGCUACCAGCAGCAGUUCUUGCAGCCCCUCCCUUUGCAACACUAUGAAAUCGUGGCUGAGUCUUUCGUCCAUCGCGCCACCCCCGAGGCCAUCAGAGUCCGAGAACGGACUCCCCCGCCACUGCACUUCAGAGAACGAGAACUGUACGCCGGGGCUGAAUGGCCCGCACCUGCCAUUCGUGAACGUGUAAGAACUCCUGCAUUUGAGCCCCUCGAACACUUGGAGCGUGAGCGACGGCGAGAGGCGUGGUCGCUGGAGCGGGAGCUCCCAGGCAGGGAUGCUGCACGCAAACGACGGCUCAUGGAGGACGGCAGACAUCUGGAGUGUUCGCCUGACAGCAGCAGCGAGUGGGCGGCCCGUCGUCGCAGACCGCCCUCCCUCGAGGGCAGCCCAGGAGGGAGCAGUCGAGAUGGACGAUUCAGCGACUCCGAGCGGCCAGCGAGAGCGGACCGGGUGUCUCCUGCACGAGAGAGCCGCAGCAGCCUGGACAGAGGCCCUGGUGAAAAGCGCAUCAAAAGCAGCAGCAGCAUCUCAGAGUCCAGCGUCGGCGCGAGCCCUGCGGAGAGAAAGCGCAAAGCGGGCGAUUCGGCCAAAGGUGCCUCAAAGAGGGACCGAUCUGAGAGCAGCUCCAAAAACAGCCAGGCUUCAAAGCAGGACGCAGGGGGCAAGCUGAGCAUGGCCUGGAAUGGCAUGCUGCUCCUCAAAAACAGUAACUUCCCAGCCAGCAUGCACCUCCUGGAGGGGGACCUGAGCGUCGCCAGCAGUCUCCUCAUCGACGGCAGCACGGGUGGUAAAGUCACACAGCUACGCAUCACACAACGUCUUCGCCUCGACCAGCCCAAGAUCGACGAAGUGUCUCGACGCAUCAAAGUCGCAGGCCCAGGCGGGUAUGCGGUUCUACUAGCGGUUCCGGGCACCUCCGAGGAGACUUCGUCUUCAGACCCAGCAGCUUCGACGCAGAGGCCCCUGCGCAACUUGGUUUCAUACCUGAAGCAAAAGCAGGCCGCAGGGGUCAUCAGUUUACCCGUCGGGGGUAGUAGAGAUAAGGACAACACUGGGGUCCUGCACGCAUUUCCACCAUGUGAUUUCUCUCAGCAGUUCUUAGAUUCUUCUGCGAAAGCUCUUGCCAAAACGGAAGAGGACUUCCUGGUCAUGAUCAUUGUGCGAGGAGCAUCUUAACAAUGCUGUUAAUGAUAAUACACACACAAGUGUUGUUAAAUGCAAGCUUCUCUUAAUGUCUCUUAAUUGCAUGCUCUCUAAAGCAGAAGUGGUACUAGAGUAAAGGGCAAAUGUUAUUACCUGCUCUGCCAAACAUGUACAAAAAAAAAAACAGAGAGAAAAGGCCCAUUCAUAUAGCAAAGUUUAGCUCUAUAGCAAUAUAUUUGUUUUCAUUUGCAAUUUAUUCAGAUGUCUAGUUUGUGAUAAGUUGUACCCUGCAUAAAAGAAUGAAUGAUAUUGGGAAUAUUAGAAUAGGAAUUUAAUUUGCUAUUGGUCAUUAAACGCUGUCUAGUUCCAACACUUCCUAUCAACAUGUAUUUCAGUCAGAUUCCAGACAGUCAUCCUUGUACCAAAUUGUUUUUGUGAAUGUUCAUUUCACUCAUGUUCAUGAUUAACAAUUAAUCUGAUUUAAUGGGAACCUGGUUUAUGUGUCUUGAUGCUUUGAACAAUCAUUCAGUAAUGGGGAGUGUAAUAUAGGUAUAUAGAGUCCUGUAGGCCACUAAAACAGGCAGAAUAUUUUGCUCAGUGAACUGCAUGUUGAUGCUAGUGUUGUACAGUAAGCCGUUGCAGAGGUUAAUAUAUGUAGCCAGAAAAUGUCGUCAGUGUUAUAGCAAUUGAUACAGGCUGCAUUUUAACACCCCUUAUCUCAUUAAAAAUAAUUUGAGAACAUAUUUUGAUUAUAAACAGAUAUUUCUAAGCCCUCCUUAGACCAAAGCAUAACAUCAAGCAUUCAGUUUGUGUUUAAAGAAGAAAAAAAGUGUUCAUACUGUUUUUGUGUUUUUGAGUUGGUUUUGAAUGAAGCAUAAUUCUGGUUUCAAAAUGGGAUCGUGUGUUUAAAUUAUGAUUGGUCUCAGUUAAUUAAUUUGAUUAAUACAGUGGUUUUAAUUCAUUUUCCCCCCAUAGGACUGUCAUAAUUUUUCAGGUAAAGCCUAUUUAGAGUGAUGUUGUUAAUAAUGGUAUUCUUAUGAAGGUCUCUUUAUAAAGAUAAAGGCAAAAAGGUGCAUUUGCUAUAAAAACAAGACUUUUCAAAUGAUCACUGUAAAGUGCAUGUGGCCUAUAAUGUGAUAUUGUCAACAUUUGCUAGAUAUGCCAUGUGAGUAGCACUAAGAAAUGAAGCCCUCCUGACUUGAUGCCCUAACGAUUUGGUUCUUGUGCAGCUGUAAGACAGUCCUACGUUUUAUUUCAUUGACAUACUUUUAGUUGACAGUAUCGAUGUACAUUUAAGUAUGUUUUUAGUUGAACAGCCAUUUAUGUUGAGAUCUUACACAGUGUUGUUGGUUCUUAGAUGUCAUUGUUUGAAUGGUUUUAAAAUGCCAGUUUUCUCUAAAAUCCUGAAGACGUAGAAAUUUGUGUUCUUAGUCUGUUUAGCUAAUUGCAGUGUACUGAUCUGAUGCAUAACUAACAUCUUUUCAUGUAUGACUUUUCACACUAAAUUGUGUUUUAAAAGUUGAUCGGUUGGUUAUUUCACGAUAUAACAGCUGUUUGUGUACAUGAAUACAUGGACAUACUGUACGUUCGGUCCCGGCCACACACGACAGGACAGGACAGGAAAUGGACCGUUCCACAAGUGGACUUCACGUGGAAGCAGAAAUGAUUGUUUGAAAUGAUUCAGGAGCCCUUUUGGAUGCACAGGGGCAAGAGCUUUCCAUUUAGUGUUAGUGUACUCUCACUGAGAGCAUCUUCCUGCUUGUGUAAUUGUUUUUUUUUUUUUGUGCUUACAGUUCCCGUAUUUAAACGGAAGUAAUGACACUCUUGAUUUGUGCUGUGUUUACCUAAUUUCUUGAUUGGGGGAGAAAGGAAGCAGUCACUCACUCCUUGCACAGCUCUUGACGUGGCUGUUUGUACACACACAAAAAGUGCACUGGCCCCUCAUUUGAUUAUAUCACGCUAUCAAUAAAUUGUUUCAUUUGAGGGAGAAAAUGUUUAUUCGUUGGAAGUCAAUUGAAGAACGCCUGCCGCUGCUUUUUUCGGUUGUGUUUCGGGAGGAAUUGUUGCUCGAUUGCUUGUUUCUGCUCAGGAAAGAGAAAUUCUCCUCCUUUGUGUUCGGCCCGGGAUCAGUCAUGGCAGUGAGAGCGAAGGGCGAGAGAGCCCUCUUUUGAGGCUUGAUGUUGUUGUUGUGUCCUGGAGUUGCCCCACACGCUAAGUAACCCGAGGGUGCUGCCGCCCCCCAACUCUCAAACAGAUCAGGGAGAAGGGGGCCGUUCUGCUGAGCUUUGAGAAUGAGUGGAGAGAUGAUGUUUGCGCAGACCUUCACCUAAACUGAAAUCUCUGUUUCAGCACCUUCGCUGGCGUCUCUUUCGAGUCUCACAGGCGUGGCGGCUGCUUCCUGUAUGUGUCCUUCAUCUGGAAGUAUCCAGGCUUGCUGUAACCCGUCCGGCCGUACUAUGCAUUGCCAGCACGACUGCCAGCGCGAUAGAGGCCCUGAAUGAACCUCAAAGCGGUGAUUUCCAAUUCAGAGGAGCAGGCGUUUGUUUAUCCCAUCCUUUGAUUUCGUCUGAUAGGAUUUUGUUUUGCUCCAUUGCAAAUCAGUGAAGGAAGAGGAUUUAGAAAAGCCAAAAGCGUUUUUAGCCUUCGAAAUUGUGUCAAGUUUUGAUAGUUUUGUUUUCUUAAACGUUUAUUUUCCGAAAGAGAAAAUGCUGAUCGGUACGUGGUAAAUUGACCUUCCGUUGUGAAGAACCCUUGAACGAAAACAUGCUGCCCCUGUGAACUCCACCCAAAGUUAACAUGGAGUUUGCUUGCGAGGAGCCUCAUCAGGAGGAAGAAAAUGAACUCCACCUCCUUCCCUUCCCUUAGUAAGAUGUCCCGGUCAGCUGCAUCACUUCACCAGCAGCUCAUUCAGGCCUGUGACGUGAGGAUCCAGACCAGUCCUCUGGUGUGGGUGGUGAGUAGGGAGUAUUUGCUUUAUACCAGGUCUUUUGACUUUAGAAGUCUACCUGGUGCAGGUAAGUGUCAGUUAAGCAAAUACAUUAGAAAUGUAGAACAUUGGUUGUGACAUCUUGGGUUUCCAAAGUUUCUAAAAACUUACUUGUUUCUUCUGGGGAAAAAAGAAGAAUGUAGAAAUCUAUGUAAUAUUUGAAGUAGAUAAUUUGAGAUAAUUGUGCUGGUAAUUUUACACAUGUAAAUUGGCAACAAUGAUCAAAUGUUAACAAGUUCCACCAAAGUUAAAGUUGUCAUCAUUUAUGCUUCUCAUGAUUUUCUUCUGUGGAACAAAUAAGGUAUUUUAAAAAAUGAAUGUCUUUUUUUCUCCAUUUAGCUUUUUUUUUUUUUUUCAGUUGAAUGGGUAAAAAUAGUUAAAGCAUUCUUCAGAAUUCUUCUUUUUGUGUUCCACAGAGGAAAGUCAUGUGACUCUGGACCACAAAAUGAGCCAUAAGUCGCACAGGUAUAUUUGUAGCAAUAGCCAAAAAUACAUUGUAUGGGUCAAAAUUAUCAAUUUUUCUUUUAUGCCAAAAAUCAUUAGGCUAUUAAGUAAAGAUUAUGUUCCAUGAUAUAAAUAUAUCAAAACUUAAUUUUUGAUUAGUGUUAUGCAUUGCUAAGUACUUCAUUUGGACAACUUUAAAGAAAGGCAAUUUUCUGAAUAUUUUUUUUUUUUUUUUUUU